AUGGGCGACGACGUGCAGCUCCAGAGCGCGAUCCUCGCGUCCCUCCAGGGGCAGGGCCGCAUCCCCCCCACGCAACCCUCCCGCCCGCUGGCCAGGGCGGGGUCGAGCAACCAUGGAGCGCUCGCGCGGGACGGAAUUCGGCCGGUGGGCGGAGGGAAUAGGGCAGCGAACGCCAGGGCGGGGAACCGGGCCAUAUCGCCGGUGAAGCGGCGAAGCACGCCGAGCAACAACACCUCGGGACGCGGCACUCCCAGCACCUCGAAAAAGGAGCUCGCCGUGUCAGGCACGACGACGAGCAAGUUUCCGCAGUGGUCGCGGUGGAUGGGGAGCGGGUACGUGACGGCCAUCGUGGACGACGACGGGACCAGCCGCGGGAAGAUGGAGGGCAUCAGCGGGGAGGCGUGCGCGCUCCUGUACGACGCGCCCGCCAAGGACGUCGCCGACGCGAUCAAGGCUGGUUGCUUCAGGGCGCAGUUCACGUUCAAGACGGGGCACACCCCCCCGGGCGCGAAGCACCCCCCCUCGUUCAGCGUCAUCCUGGGCGCGCCGUCCGGGGGCGUGGCGGGGAGCAGCCCGGACGCGCUGGUCCUGCGCGCGGACUGCCGGGACCGUUUCUGGGCGCUGGAGCAGGUCAGCAGCAAGGGCGACGUGCGGCUGCUGCACCAGGCGGAGGACCGGGAGCUGCGGCCGGGGACGCAGGUGCAGUGCCGGGUGGAGGUGCGCGAGGGGGCGCACCUCACGGUGUUCAACGGCGCGACGCGGGUGAUGGACGGCGUGGCGACGCCGAUGGACGAGCCGCAGCACACGGGCGGGAAGGCGCUGGUGCCGGUGCUGGGGCUCAUGGUGACGCGGUCGCGGCUGGAGUGGAGCGCGUUCAGCGUGGAGCCCGCGGCGGGCGGGGUGCCGAGCCAGGUGGACCCGAGCGGGAAGCUGGCGAGCAUGGACGCGCUGCUGGUGGAGAUGAUUGAGCGCGACGUGAUCAGCACCGACCUGGGGAUCACGUUCGACGACAUCGCGUCGCUGGACACGGCGAAGCGGCUGCUCAACGAGGCGGUGUCGCUCCCGCUGAUCGUCCCGGAGUUCUUCACGGGCAUCCGCGAGCCGUGGAAGGGCAUCCUGCUCUUCGGCCCGCCCGGGACGGGCAAGACGCUGCUCGCCAAGGCGGUCGCCGGCAUGAACGGCGUCAAGUUCUUCAACUGCUCCCCCGCGACGAUGACGUCCAAGUGGCGCGGCGAGAGCGAGAAGCUGUGCCGCACGCUCUUCUCGCUGGCGCGGCACCACGCGCCGUCCAUCAUCUUCUUCGACGAGGUCGACGCGCUCGUGACGUCGCGCGGGAUGGACGGCGAGCACGAGGCCAGCCGGCGGUUCAAGAGCGAGCUGCUCUCGCAGAUGGACGGCAUCACCAGCGACGCCGCACCGGGGAAGAACGUCGUGGUGGUGGCCACCACCAACAUCCCCUGGGACCUCGACGACGCCAUGCGCCGCCGCCUCGAGAAGCGCAUCUACGUCCCGCUCCCGGACGCGGAGGCGCGCGCGGCCAUGUUCCGGCUGCACCUCAAGGGGCUGCGCACCGACGGGAACAUCGACGUGGACUGGCUGGUGGAGCGCAGCGAGGGCAUGUCCGGCGCGGACAUCAAGCUGCUCUGCAGGGACGCGUCCAUGAUGCCCAUGCGCCGCCUCAUCGUCGACCGCACCCCGCUCGAAAUCAGAGAGAUGCGCGACAAGGGCAUGCUGGCGCCGGAGAACGUGGCGACGAUCAUGGAGGACUUCCGUGCGGCGCUGGCGAACAUGAGCGGGAGCGUCAGUCAGAAGGACGUGCAGCGCUUCGAGAAGUGGAACAAGGAGUACGCGUCCACAUGA